AGAUAAAUUACAUGGAUAUGGAUGGGGCUGGAUCUUGGAUUGGAAGAAAAAUAAUGUACAGCUUGUGUUGCUUUUUUUUGAAAAACUAUUUUCGUUUAAGGUUCGGUUCAGAGUAAAAAACAAAUUCAAGUUGGGAUCCUUUGACUAUUGCUAUAUUAUCGACGUGGAAGAUUUCAUCCAUGGGACAGAAUCAGUUAAUGAUGGAAACCUAAAAACCACAUAAGAUUUCCAUUGAUUAUCUAUAUGUGAGUAUAUUUUAAGAUAUUUAAUCCACCUCUUCCAGGCAUAUUGAAAAUCAGCCCUACCCAAUCAAGGCCAAGUUUUUAAGAAACUAGAACACAUUCUUGGUGGUGCACAGGUUUGCGCCUUUCCCUGUCUUGUUCCACUGAAAGUAUUCGCUCCGGUUUUGGAUUGAUUAAUGGCGGAACUAUAAAUUCGUAUUUCCAGCUCUUCUGCUAGUUCUUUCUUGUCACGUCGUUAGCUCAUAAACCCGCCGAUCGACCACUCACAAUAGUGCCGCCGACGUCAGAGCAUGCGCCAAAAAAGGAUGUCCAUGCUUGGACUAUGCGACGCACACUAAACAGAUUCAAGCGCGGCUGGAACAGGUGGCACUUCCACCGCUGCUGCGACAGCUGUCCUAGGUAUAAAAGCGCCUCGCUUGGCUGCCAAAUGCAGCAGUCGUCGGCUUCAGCUUCCUAGACACACACAUUCACCCAAUUCACCAAGAGCCCUUCAACAAUAUGGCCAAGUUUCAAGUUCUGAUAGUGAUUGCCGCCUGCCUUUUGGCCAGCAGCGAGUGCCAGGUGCAGCGUGCGCGCUCCUCGCAGCGUCUGAGCCGCGGACGUUCCCGUUACUUUGCACGCCAGGAGCUGGCUCCAGCGGAUGCGGAUGCCGCCGUCACGCCAUAUCCUUCAGCCGACGAACUGAAGCCGGAGGUGCCAUUCGACGAGGCAGCCGCCCCAGCUGCUGCGGAGCCCACACCGGAUGCCGUCUAUGGCCCACCCGAUGCAGCGCCCGCUCCCAACAAUGUGCCCGAUGAGGUCUACGGACCGCCCGAUGUCACUGGCAACGAUUUGCCCGCCGACGCCGCUGCUGAUGUGCCCGCCGAGCAGGCGCGUCUAGUGGCUGCCAGACGCGCGGCCAACCUGCGACGUGCCCAGCCUUUGGCCUAUCGUCGUGUGGCAUCCGCAGCGGCACGCCCCGCCAAGUUGAGCGCGGUGCGCCCUCCAGUGAGACGCUUCUAGACGCGGACACUCGUCUGCUUACGAGCUGCCCGAGCCGGGCAGUCGCAUAUAGCCAGAUGCUAGCUGGUGCAUACCCAAAACCCAUGACGAUACAACGAUGCUCCAUGAUGACGGACUACACACACACACAUACACACACACACACACACACACACAACACACUAUUCACAUUUUGAAAUGUAAUUUUGAUU